GCGUGGUCACCGCCACCGCAGCCGCCCGAGAGGAGCUGGGGGAGGACGGUGGCCCGCGAGGCUCGUCGCAGACAACGCGGCGGCGAUGUCCGCGAGUCAGGCGAGCGCCGCGGCUGCAGCGGCGGGGCCUCACGCGCGGCAGGGCGGCCUGGGCUUCGGCCUCCCUCCGGUUCCCUGGAAGCGGACCGGCGGCAAGCACGGGAGCAGCAGCAGCAGCAGCAGCAGAGGCGGAGGCUCUGGCACGUCUCUCUCCUCCGCCUCAGCCUGAGCCAGGGGAGGCCAGGCGGCCCGGGUGGCUGGAGGGGGGUCCGCUGCCCGAGAAUGGGAAUUCUCUUCACCAGGAUAUGGAGACUGUUCAAUCACCAGGAGCACAAAGUUAUCAUUGUUGGGCUGGAUAAUGCAGGGAAAACUACCAUCCUUUACCAAUUUUCUAUGAAUGAAGUGGUGCAUACAUCCCCUACAAUAGGAAGUAAUGUAGAAGAGAUAGUGGUUAAUAAUACACGUUUCCUAAUGUGGGACAUUGGUGGCCAAGAAUCUCUUCGUUCUUCCUGGAACACUUACUAUACUAACACUGAGUUUGUAAUAGUUGUUGUGGACAGUACAGACAGAGAAAGGAUUUCAGUAACUAGAGAAGAACUCUAUAAAAUGUUAGCACAUGAGGACCUGAGGAAAGCUGGAUUGCUGAUUUUUGCUAAUAAACAAGAUGUUAAAGAAUGCAUGACUGUAGCAGAAAUCUCCCAGUUUUUGAAACUCACUUCUAUUAAAGAUCAUCAGUGGCAUAUCCAGGCAUGCUGUGCUCUUACUGGCGAGGGAUUGUGCCAAGGACUUGAAUGGAUGAUGUCACGAUUUAAGAUUAGAUGAUCUCUACUGACCUCUUCUCAUAGACUUUGUAUAAACGAAGUGCUGGACUUUACCUGAAAGCUGCAAAAAUUAAUGGUUUAGGUAUAUUUAUAAUAAACUGAUUUAAACUUUUUCUAUAAGAAGACAAAUUAAGACCACUUAUUUGAAAACAAAGAUGAAGUCUCACCUUCCAAUUUGGUUUCUCAUUAGUUCCUUCCAAAGUAAGGUCUUAAAGCUGUGAUUGACAUUUUUCUCAUAAUGAAUCCUCUCAGGACAUUGUGUAGCCUGUGGUAAGUACAAAGGGAGAGGAAGACAAUUUUAAGUUUGGGAACUUUAUCAUCAGUAUAACCCUCCCUAGUUGAAUGUUACUUUCUUUUUGUUCCAUUAAGUCAGAGUACAAAUCAGCACAGAUACUCAGUUUCCAAUAUUUUAAAAUGUAAUGCUACUUAUGAAAAGUAUUUUGUGUAAGGUUGCAUAUGUAUUGUGUAUAUACCUCAAGUUCAAGUUAAUGGCUUUGACUUAUGUCUAAAGAAUAGUGAAUAACACAAAAAUUAAUAAUAUCCUUAAAUAUAGCCAUAAUGACAUGAGUACUGGCAUUGGUGGUAAGUGCCAUUUUGAACUUUUCCCCUUAUGUUCUCUGUAUUGUACUAACCAGUCCCCAAAAAUCAUUGAGCUGCUUUAGAAGAUAGAAGAGGAGAGGAAGAAAGUUUGACAUUUUGUACCUGUUUUCUUGUUGAUCAAAUAACAUACAGAAACAUGUAAUGCAGCUGAGUGGAAUAUAUAUCAAAUAUAUCAAGUCCUUGGCUUAGUAUUUCUAAUGGGCAGAAUUGCACAGUGAGCAAUUAUUAUCAGAUUAUUAACUUUCUUGGUCCACUGCCAUCUGUGUUAUUGAAUAAACUGUUAAUCCAUUAGUCAAUCAAUAGUGAUUACAAUUAUCAAGUGUUUUCUUUUUUUUCAGGAUUAGUAGAAAACUGUUGUGUGAGACAUGUCUAUCCAGAGAAGUAACAUUCUAUAAAUAUUAUCAGAUAAUUUAGCUAGAGUAUUUUUAGGUAUUAAAUUAUAUGUCAAGCAUUUAAAGUGAAUUUGAGAUUAAAAGGAGAGACUAUUUUCCAAGCAACAACUAUAAUUUCUUAUUUUGUAAGUUUCUUAUUUUAGUUUGAGAUUUUUUAUUUCCAUUAGUUGUGUUGUAUUCUUCUUCCACCACAUGAAAACAUGGUUUGACAAUUAGAAGACACAUGUUUGUUCAUUGCUUUUAAGAAUUCGGUUUAAAAAUUGAUUGAUGUGAUGUAUUAUUUUUGCUAAAGUAACUUGGCCCAUUAUACCUUUUAUGUUUGCUUAAGAUUUUUUUUUUUUUCCCCAAGAUUAGAAAGUUGAAGGUGUUUCUAUCAUUACUGUUCACAAACUUAUCCUUAAUGUGUUAAAACAUUUUCUUGGGUAUUCUAUUUGUAACUUUUAUAUCCUGAAAAUCUGACAACUAAUCAAAAUUGGCAUGUUUUAGAAUAUUCAAGAAGAAAAAAUGACUGCUUUUAAUAACAGCCUUUUAGAUUUCAUAAAGAUUUCAGUGGGAAGUGGUAGUAUAUACUCUAAACAUUGACAAAACUUUGAAAGUUCAUUUCAGUAAAAUAUAAAAUACUCAGUAUCUAAAUCCAAGUCAGGCAUGGGAGAUUAGUAUCUAAUAUUGGAUGUUUUGUGUUUUAUAUUGUAAUGCUUAAGACACAAGUAUAAUCUUUUAGUAUUUGUCAAAACGCUUUUAUGAAAGUAAAUCCUAACUUACUAAGCUUUAUUUAUUCAUAUGUUUUCAAGCUUUUUCAAAUCACCAUUAAAAUUACUUGUUAUAUAUUUUAAAUUCCUGUAAAAACCCAGAUUUAUCUUGUAAAUGUUGCAGUUUCAUCAGACAACUAUUCUGUAAAGUAGCCCAGCAAAUGUGCACAUUUCAUCCUUUUGUCUUUUAAUUUGAGUAAUCGUGUUAAGUCCCUUGGGUUGCUGCCCCAUCAGUUCAGCAAGAUAGGACAUUCCCUUGUCAUCAAGGUGUUGGCUUAAAUUUAUUCUUAAUUGGAUAUUUAAAGCAUGCAAUAUGUUACUGUUGCUUAGUGUGGUAGAUUAUCGAUAGAACAUCAUAAGAAUGCAUGGAAUCUUACACCACAUUUACAAAACUUAAUUUUUUUGUUGUUGCCAUUAUUUUCUACCCUUCUAGGCUAGGCAUUAGAAAUAAGGUGGUACCUGUGGUUUACUUGUAUAUAAAACAGAAAUUAUAGCUGGAGAAGAAAAAAAAGAUUUAAAUUCAAGUAUGAAAAUGUCAAUCAUUUUGACAGUAUUAACUUCCAAAUAGAGGAGACCUGGUUGCGCAAUAGUUAGCGCUCGGCUUCAGAGAACCUCAUGAGUAGUCAUACUGGCAAUUUAUAUGUAGUAUAAGUGGAAUUAAUUAAAGGGCAGUGCUUUUGGUUAUUUAAUAUGCUACUUUUAUGUGUAAAACAAACAUAUUUAGAGUCAUUUUUCACGUCUUUGAGAAGAACAAAGCUUCGUACCUCUGUACAUGUGGCUGGAUUUAAAUAUUCUGUUUUUGAUACUGAUUUUAAAAGUAGUAAAACUUCUCUUGAUAUCUAGAUGAAAGUAACCAUAUGCUACAAGCAUUUAAAUAUAUUUAAUUUGUCAUAAUAGCAUUUAUAAAGUAUAUCUUACAUAUUAUAUCGAGGGCUCUUACUUGAAAUUUUCUGUUCUUUUUAACUUUCUAGCAUAUCUUGACCCUCAUGACAAAGAAUACAAUAAAGGCAGAUGGGUUUGGGGAGAGGGGAAAGUGGGUGGGGAAUUCAUUUUCUUAUAUGACAUUUUGCCUUAAGAAUACAAAAUGCUUUAGCACUGACCGAUGGCAUUUAUAGUGCAGUUAAAGUGAUUUUAGAAGUAUGAUAUUAAAUAGAGGGAAGAAGGGUUUCUGUUUUCUGGCCUUUGAGAAGUGCCUAGUAGGUAGUUACAGUGGGAUUACAGAGAAGUGCAGGGAGCUUGAGGAAAGGCAUAAUGUCCGUGAGAUUUUUUUUUUCCUUUUUGUCUGAGUGUAUAGUAUUAAGAUGCCUAGAAGCGGGACUCGUUGUCCCCUCUAUUACAGGCACUUUACAUUUUUGCUGUGACUACAGCAACCACAUACAGUACAGACAACCUCAAAAUCUGUUUAUAUUAGUGUAAAUAGAAAAACUGUAAACAACUUUCUCAUUUGCUCUGCAGGCAUUUUUUAGAAUAUCUCUCUAGUAUGCUGUACUUUCUGUAUAGGGGAAUAGCAACACAUUGUAAAUUAUUUGUCGAAUUUGGGGUCAUCUUCUCUCAAUUACCCAGUGAUAUGCUGGUAUCAGUCCCUCUUCCAGGGCUGGGUAGAGACAAGCUUUCUUUGUAUGACUUAACUUUGACCCCUCCCGCUAUCCAAAUACAGUAUGGAACUCCUUUUCUUGCAUCAGGGUUGGCUUUCCCAUACCUCAGCUAUCCCUUACUCUCCUAUGUCUUCAUUCAUCAUCAAUGAAGAUGUUAUCUCAGUCUGCAGGUAUUCUAAAUUCUGCCUAUACCCAUUCUUCCUCAACCCACUAGUUUCUAAGUAGGUUCUUCACAUCCUUGCUAUCCCCCCACCACUGGCUUGAUUCACUGAUUUGGGCUUUGUUCAUUAGAGAGCAUUGUUAAAGUUACUGAGUCCAUCAAAAGGCCUGUUUGCUGCCUGUACAGCAUAUAGAUGCCAGUAGUCCUACCUAAUCAUUUAAAUUAUACUGUAUUUGGCAUUUUAAUGUUUCUUAAUUUUACCUUCAUCUGCUGAGAAGUAGAUCCAGAAAGAUAAGAAAACCACCUAGACUCUGCACAGAGGGGAUUAAGUUAUAUGUGUAUUAUCUUCCCAGUACCAAGAAUGGGCUGUGUUUUGAAGAAUAUCAGUGUGAAUAAUUUAGGUUCAUAAAAAGAUGCCAAACCGUAUUUAUAUGUUGUGUUUGACCUAAAGAAAUCCUAGAAACCAUUGCCCACAUUCCAUUUUUCCCUCUCAUGUUUACUUAACAAAAAUAAGCGUUAGAUGUCUGAA